AAAAUUUGCAAUGAACAGAUAUUUUAAUUUAUGUUGAGUUAUUUUGAUUGUAGAUAUCAUCGAAUGACCUACUUAUAUCGAACUUCUACUCGAGAGCAGCCUUCGUUCCGCCAGCUUCCAAUUUGAAAAUAUUUUAAUGCCGCUAAAUGCAGUUUACGGUUAUAUACCGGAUCGGUAUACUCAAACUUAGUUCACUGUAUAUUAAUUGUUUACGAGCACCUUUUUGCUGUAGAUCAUAUUUAAUAUGCCAGACACACAUCGCUUCCCUGGAAUUCAAGAAUUAUGCACAUAUAUAAAAGCAUUUAUAUACAUAUAAAUUCAAUAGCGCGGCAGAAGCUUUGAAAAAUUUUAACUGUCUGAGCCGGUAUAGUUACAUUAGUUGUUGUGCGCAGUGCAGUUAAAGUUAAGUAUACCAAGUUAGUUUUUACAUAAAAAUAUGGAUUAUUGAAAUAAAGGGCCAGAAUAGCAAAUAUUUGGCUCCUUGGUGUUACUGAAUGAAUUUAGAUUUAAUCGAGGUCGGAUUUCGGAGAUUAGCUUAUGACACAACUAUGGACUCUCUGACGUUAUGACAUACAUUCUUUCGACAGUGAGAUAGCGCAUAUCUCUAGCUGUAAAGCAAUAACUUAUAUUGAGAGUAGAGAAUAGUGUAAAGAAAAUGCGUUAUUAGUUAACUUGACAAACCUUUGAGCAAUAAUAUGUGUGACUGCAAUUCAGAGGUAACAUUCAGAUAUGAUUAUCUCCGAAUACUUAAAAAAAAAAUCGCGCAAAUAAUUUUCAAUUUAUACCCUGAACAGGAUAUAUUGAGUUUGCCACGUAGUUUGUAACACCCAGAUGGAAGCGUCGGAGACCCUACAAAAUAUAUAUACUAUAAAUGAUCAGUAUGAUGCGCUGAGAUGAUUUUGCCAUGUCAGCUUACCUGUCACCAACAUCAAAUUGUAAAAGCUCUUUCGUAGUUACGUACGAUUACAUUUUUUCAGCAAAUUUUUAUUGUAUGUUAUUACAUAUUGUUUGUCUCCUGGCAUCCCUGCUUGUAAGUUUAAUUUGUUUACACUUAGACUAAAUAAUUGUAUAUUGCUCAGACUAUAAAUUGGUAUGUAUAUAUUAUUAUAUAUAAAGCGUUUAGCUAUAAUAAUUAAUUUAGUUUCAAAGUAUCUUUGAGGCCACGCAGUCAUAUUAUGUUGAGUGAGCCGAGAUAAAAUUUGUGCAUUUUGUCUUUCCUCAUUCCAGCUUAAAAACUUCGAAGUCACCAACAUGGACUUGUACUAUUUCUCCGGUUCUGCACCAUGCCACGCAGUGUUACUCACUGCUAAAAAUCUCGACAUUAAAUUGAAUAAGAAAUUCGUAGACUUGGAAGCAAGAGAAAAUAUGAGCCAUGAAUUCGUGAAGAUCAAUCCACAGAAAGUCGUGCCUACUUUGGUUGACAACGAGUUUACUCUGUGGGAAUCACGCGCGAUUAUGAUUUACUUGGUACAAGAAUAUGGCAAAGAUGAUUCGUUGUAUCCCAAGUGUCCCAAGAAGCAAGCUAUCGUCAAUCAGCGCUUAUACUUCGACAUGAACACUUUGUACAACUCUUUCUCCGACUAUUAUUAUCCACAACUCUUUUUUAAUAAACCCUUGGUGCCUGAACUGUAUAAAAAUAUGGAGACUGCUAUGGAUCUCUUGAACACUUUCCUGGAGGGCAACAAAUAUGUGGCGGGCGAUCAAUUGACCGUGGCUGAUUUAUCUAUUUUUGCAUCGUUAUCCAUCUUCGAUGUUGCGAAUUUCAAUUUCAGCAAGUAUGCCAAUGUAGCCAGAUGGUACGAAAAUGCUAAGAAACUUCCAGGUUGGGAAGAAAACUGGGCAGGUUGCUUGGAAUUCAAGAAGCUAUUUGUGUAGGCAGAAACAUCUUCAUAUAUGGUGCAUAUUUAUAUGCAUUGCUUUAUUAUCACCAGUGGAAUUGGGGUUUACAAAGCAAGUAGCGGAAGAAAAAUACCUAUAUACAUUAAUAGUCAGUAUAAACUAAUCAUAAUAACUAAGUGUAAUCUAAGAUAUGACGAAAUUGAAACGUUUAAUAAACCAUUACCACGUAUUUCUAACAGCUUAAA